ACUCAAAAAUCAAAAAUCAAAAAUCUCAAACAGCCACUACGGCCUGAAAGCUUCUAUUGUGUUCAUGCCGCCUGCUACUCUCUGACGUGGUGGACGUCGUACGUCCCCUUAGUCGUUCGCUUGACAGUGGUCCGGAGCCUAGGGCAUCGCAGUAGGCCAUCCGGUUGAGCUGGCCAGUCUGUCGGGAUGGAUGGAAGCACGGUUGAAGCGGUCUGCCGACGAAUUCGCAGCUUCUCCACGAGAUGAUGAACGUGGUUUGCCAGACGUUGGUGUAGGCGUCUCGGCCAAGGCCAGCGAAUCUCGGACAAGCCAACUAGAGCCACCAGAUUGGGAUCUUCGUCCUGUAAGUCAUGAUGACGUGGUGGACAACAGCCAGGAACUAUUACGGCAAUUCUUCGAUUCCGAGUCUGCCCUCCAAGAACUCAAUGCAGCCUUCGAGUCCCGGAAGCGGACCGGUGACGAUGCUUUCGAUGAAGAGUUUGGAUGUUGGGGCGUCUCCGGAAAGAGACGCCACAUAGAACUGCCACAACAUCAAGACACCGAACCACCGCUUGAAACACCCUCCCUAUCCUCUCCCGAGUCGUUCCUUCGUCCCGACCAGGGUGAAACCGCUCCCCACACCCCGGCCGGGGAAGCGCCACAUUCUCCGUCUUCCUUAUUCAAUGCCUACGAUCCUUUAUUCGACGAUCCAGACUUCGAUUUCGGGAAUAUCGACGAUGAGCUGCCGCUAGACUUUGAGCUCGCCCCACAUUUGGCACAUGAGGAUAAGCCCGCGGAGGGUAAAUGUGAAAAUGAGAACGCAAACCCGGUCGACAUAGCAGAUCACACGGUACAGUCUAUUAUAGAUAACGCCACGGAGAAACUUCCGGAAAUAUCUUCUACCAGUGAAGCCACGAAACAGAGAUUCUCCUUGAAGACACCAGAUCUGGCCAAUAAUGCCAACCGUGAGGUUCUCCAGCGGGUUUGUCCGCAGCAGGAGUACACGUCGCCUUAUCCAGUCUACCAAGGGCCUCUGGGCUAUCUUCCAUCGGCACCAGGGAUCCAUGUCAAGUACCUUGAAGUUGCCGAAGAUCAAGUCAAUGAUCGAUUCCUUACCCUCAACCAUCGAGUGCGGCAACUGUCAUAUGAACGGACCAAGUACAGAAACGCCUGGUUUCGGUGGAAUACGACCGACACUAAAACCGGCAAGACUAGGGAGCAAGCGUUGCGUGACGAGACGGCCCUGCAUCGACGCUUGUCUUCCCAGCGCCAGUCGAAGGCGGAACAGCACCGGAAAGAGGCUGAAGAGUGGAAGCAACGCUUUUACGACCUCAGCACGGUCUACAACAAUCUUCUCUACGAGAUCAACGUGCAACGCACCAUGCCAGCGGUUGCGCCGACCCCGCAGGGAUACCGGCCGCAGGGUACGCCGCAGGCUGUUUCGGGCCCACAAACUGCAUCUGGACCGUCCUCACAACCACAGUCGCAGGGCCACAGUCGACCGGUAUCCCGGGGGCAACCUGCGAUGGGGCCGCCUCCCCAAUCCACACAGCCCGCGCCUGCGAAUCCGGCUCCCCGCGAGUCUCGCCCGGUCACCAUCGACUUGACAGACGAGCCAGAGAUCAAGGCGCCCAAUUCCGUUCCCGCUCCGACCCCUUCACCAGAGCAACAGCAACGCCGCAACGAUCUGCUACGAUCGCUGCAAAACAAGGAGUACGGGUGGCUCAAAGACACAGACCACAGCGACCAUCACCGCGCGACGUCCACCCCCAGGACUUUCCAAUCCGGUACAACGGCAAUCCCCGAACGAAGCCACAGUUAUCCCCCGGAUCAUGGAAGCGAUGCUCGCACCGACAGCGAAAACGACGAAAUGGUCCGUGCAAUGGAAAAAGAAUUAGCACAGGGCUGAUCAGAUCUGGCGACACUAGUGGUCUUAUGAUACCCUUUACACGAUACAUGCAUUAGAAUGGAUCGGCGUUUGAUUUUAUUUGUUUAUUGUGUAUGAUUAGCGGGCGCAUACUGUAUGAUAUUCUUGUCUAGGGUGGACUGGACUGGAUGGACACUGGACAGAGGC